AUGCCUCGAAUGCCACCUUUCCCCUCCUCCCACCCUCUGGUCAGUCUCCUCUCUUCGACCUCUCAACUGCCUACGACAUCUCCUUUACAACCUCCUUCUCCUGCAAAUUUCCCUGAAGAUCUCCUUUCAGACGAUCGAUCGGGUGAGUAUUGA